AAAUUAAAAUAACUAUUUCCACCAUUUUUAUUCGUAUUUAUAUUUUUGCAAAAUGUUUCGUCGUUUGAAUCUUGCAAGAACAAAAUCAUGGAGCCUUUUCAAAACAUUUUGUAGAGGAAACUCCAGUGUUUGUGAGCAAUUGGAAUCGGGCCACUGUUCCGGCACCAUGGCAGAUGUUAUUGAAAAGAUUUCAAAACAAAUUGGCCUGGAGCCGGGCUAUCACACCAUACCCAAGUCCCGCGAAAACCUGCUCGCUUUCCAGCCCAAGCAUGAAGAGUUGCCAACGCGCAGCAUGCAGGACUCGUAUACAACGGCUCUGAUACCACUGGGAGAUGACGAGUUAGCCCGAGAGCGUUAUGUCAAUCACUUGGGCCGGUUGAGGUUUGGGCGUCUGUUGGAGGAACUCGAUAUGUUUGCAGUGUGGAUUUGCCAUCGACACCUGAAGAUACCGACGCUGCCCGAAGAGGUGCCAUUGCCGUACACAUUUGUCACCCUGCUCGUCGACACCAUCGAGUUUAUGAACCACGACCACAUCAGGGCGGACAUUGACAUUCAACUGUCCGGCCAUGUGUCCUGGACUGGUCGCAGUUCCCUUGAUAUACCAAUAUAUGUGAGACAGAAGGACGUCUUUGGCGUGGAACGAACCAUUACCAGGGCCAUCUUUAUGAUGGUUGCCCGCAAUGCCACAAACACGGGCUCCGCGCCAGUAAAUCCCCUAAAGCCAGCCAAUGAGCUGGAGCAGGAGUGUUGGAAGGAAGCGGUUGAGCGACAAAAACAGCGGCGCACCAAACACGCAAAGUCCGUGUUCCUGGUCGAGCCCACAAAGAACGAGGAGCAACUCAUGUAUGAUCUGUUUAAGCGUACGAAUCACGACGAUAUUCUAGAGUUUGGCAAACGCACGUUGCCGGCCAAAUGUCGCUGGAUGGAUGACAGCUACCAGACCACAAUAAUACAUCCAUUUCCAGAGAACCGCAAUGCUCAGAAUACCAUCUUUGGAGGUUUUAUCAUGCGGAAUGCUGUCGAGAAUAGUUUCAUAACGGCCAGCAUUUACGUUCGCGGACGUCCUAUUCUUGAAUAUAUAUCGGACAUUAGCUUUAUGGCACCCGUAAAAGUGAAUUCUUUCUUGCGAAUGACUGCCUAUGUGGUCUAUACGGCAGAGAAUUAUGUACAAUUAAUGACAGUUGCCCACAUCAUUGAUGGGGCGACAUUUGUGGAAACUGCGACCAAUGCGUUCUACCUCACCUAUUCGUCGGAUACUAAGGUGGAAGAGGUCCUGCCACGCUCCUAUCAAGAGACCUUGUGGUACAUUCAUGGACGACGUAAACUCUUGGCCGUGAAGAAUGUGGAUGGCUAUGGGAAGGAGCCCCCACAGGUAGAUCCCAAAGCGGAUAAGGCUAAAGUGAAAGCAAAAGCUGAACCAAAACAACAAAAACAAUAAUGAAGCUACAAAAAUAUUAACAAUCAAAAUAUCAAGUUCGUUAAAAGCUUCUAUUUAGUGCUUUUCGGCUAUAUUUGUAAAAAGUCAAGAACGGAGUGUUCUUAAAACAAAUCUGAAUCAAAAGUUUUGCUUCCACGCUGUAAGUUGUAGAUCUAAAUCGAUUACAGGAAAGGUUACAUUUCCAUAAAAGUUAAAAUACGAUUGAUAUCACGUAAAUAGUAGAUUUGACAAAUUUUUGUUCUGUAUAACGAAAAUUGUUGUAAUGAGUACGUAUUUAUUUGAAUAAAGUAUUUUAUUCUUAAUUAAGAAAUAA